AUGCAUUUGGCGUAUUCUGCCUUUGCGAGGAGCUUAGUUCGAAAACAGGUCAGAGUGGAGGAGCAUCGAGAGAGGGUCAGGGAGCGACCCGCUCCCCCCGCGGGCGCUACCAUCGCGAUGGCGAGGCAAGCCAUCCCUAUCCCCCUUGCGUUGAGUCACUGGGGUGGAGGGAGGAGGGUCACUGGAAUCUUUUCAGUCGGCAUCGAGGCGGUUGGGACUUUGGAAGUGCGACGAGAAGUACUCGUGUACGCGAUGGGCGCCUUGAGUCGCGGCGACUCCUUGUCCCAGAAAUUCCGAUCCGACAUGGUUCGCCGAGAACGUCUGGAGGCGGAACUCGAUGAGAUCCUUCGUAGAAAUCGAACUACCAUACCACAGUUGCUCAUUUCAGCUUCGCUCAGGUGUCGAGACAUGGUGAUAUCUUGCGAGCUGGGCGGAGAGUCGAGAGUGCUGGACUCGGACCAGUGCUGCUCGGAGAUCUUCUUGUCUCAACCGCUGACCUCGAUGGGCCCCUGCAUCUCGACCCACGGAUUCACCCGCUAUCAGAACUACCCUGGGGCUUCCAUGGGACUCAGCGUCAUGCUCCGGGUCUUCAACUCCACCUGGCCGGACAGAAGCGUCCUUUCAAAUGUGGCCCAAGCAGAUGGAUAUAAGGUCAUCCUGACCGCUAGCUACGAAUCCCCAUCUCUUGCUGCCAAAAUGAGGGCCCAUUCCGUCAACCCGGGAAGGAAGACUCUUCUCGGCCUUCAAGCCGUCAGGGUGGAACACUCCGGAAGAAACGUCUACCCGGUGAGGUCGAACGCGUGCGGCGAUGUGAACGUGACGACAGCCCCCUCCCGACCCGUCCACGACCUGAUGAACACCUUCCCCCAUUCCUGGAACUGCGUGGAGAGGAUCCUCCGGGACGCGGCCGUCACCUCGACGUGCAGCUGCAACCCCGCCGAUACCCUGUCUUCUGCAGAGCUGGAGAAUACGAGCCUGCUUGUGUGCAGUCCCGAGAAUUACAUGCGGUGCAUAGGACAGGAAAAGGCGCUGGACAAGUAUACGGAAAUUGUCUUUUCCAGAGCAGAGAAAGAAUGCAAACCUCUGUGCACAGAAACCUCUUAUGAAGCGCUGGUCACCUACGACCACCUGAAUCCAGCUUACGUGGAGAGUGUGACUAACCAGUUUGGAUACGACCUCAAGCAAAGUGAGGAGGUUGUGAUGGUUGGGGUCCAUUACAACAUGCUGUCAGAGCGCGUCAUCACGUAUACGGCAUUCUCCGUCAUCGACCUCAUCAGCAGCACGGGGGGCAUCCUCGGUCUCAUCAUUGGAGGCAGCGUCCUCACCGUCAUCCAAUUCAUCGCGUUCCUCCUUUGGCUCGCCCAGCGGCUGGCACGAUGGGGAAGCGUUGGAGAUGAGAAAGUGGCGAUGGUUGAGGUCCAUUACAACAUGCUGUCAGAGCGCGUCAUCACGCAUACGGCGUUCUCCGUCAUCGACCUCAUCAGCAGCACGGGGGGCAUCCUCGGUCUCAUCAUUGGAGGCAGCGUCCUCACCGUCAUCGAAUUCGUCACGUUCCUUCUUUGGCUCGCCCAGCGGCUCGUACGACUGGGAAGCCAACGGAUGCUGGAGUCCAAACGUCUCAAGGUGACAGUGGGUGCGACCGAGUCGCCGAAUGCAUGGAGGACCCUGCAUUCUUUGGAAGUGAGUCAAGAGGUACUCGCCUACACGAUGGGCGCCUUGAGUCGCGGCGACUCCUUGUCCCAGAAAUUCCGAUCCGACUCGGUUCGCAGAGAACGUCUGGAGGCGGAACUCGAUGAGAUCCUUCGCAGAAAUCGAACUACCAUACCACAGUUGCUCUUUUCAGCUUCGCUCAGGUGUCGGGACAUGGUGAUAUCGUGCGAGCUGGGCGGAGAGUCGAGAGUGCUGGACUCGGACCAGUGCUGCUCGGAGAUCUUCUUGUCUCGACCGUUGACCUCGAUGGGCCCCUGCAUCUCGACCCACGGAUACACCCGCUAUCAGAACUACCCCGGAGCUUCCAUGGGACUCAGCGUCAUGCUGAAGGUAGGUCAUCCUGACCGCUAG